AUGGCUGUAUAUGACCUGCCAAAGGAACGUAGCGUUAGAAGAACACCUCCCAGGAAAGUGCCAAGUACGACGUGGUUGGAAGGUCAAGAUUUUUCUCUCUCACAGUUUCUCUACACUAACGCUCAUUCUUUCAAUAGGGAUAGAGCAAAAAUGAAGAUUGCCUGGUUCUCUACCUGUUUGCUUGUACUCAUCCUUGCUUCAGGAAUGGAAGCCAAGAAAAAAAAGAACAGGCGGCUUGCCAAAAUAGAAGCUCAGUUGGCCAAAGCUGGCAAGCCCGAAGGUUUGGCCAUGCUCGACCAAGAUGGACAUCUGCCUCAAGAUGCCCUCCCGGCGGGGUAUAAUAAAUACUCGGCAUACGACUUGGGUUGGCAGUCUCUUCACAUGGCGGCCGCUGGUGCUUGCAGAGGGAGCACCCCUACAGGGGGAGGAGGUUGCUGUGGAAACGUGGUUGUGACGAGAAAUGCCGCUGAUAAGAAAUCCUGCACAGAGCUUUGUGCCCAGACCGGCAACAGCAACUGCGAUGCGGGUGUUUCUAUUUACGGAAGACAGGGAAAAGCCACUCAAAAUGGUGAGGUGGUGGGUUCGUUUUACAACUACCCAUGUAAUUAUGUUGAACACGGAGGAAGUGAAGCAUCCAGCCCUGACGAAGGAAUCAUCGACUACUCCGGGUAUUACAGCUUCUGUUGCUGUCGAAAGGGAUAAUCAAGAUGAUUUAUGUCAGCUUCUGUUGCUCCCGAAAGUAUUUUAAACAUAAUGUCUUUAGUACGUUAGCAUUGAUAAAGGUUUGAUCAUGGUAGGGUAAAGGGGAAUUAUGAAUAUAAACAGGAACCUAGUUUCUGGUAUGUAUCGGAAGCAACAUCAAUAAAAGCUUUGAAGGGUUGGAUUUUGUUCGUUGUACUUACUUGUGAUACUCACAAAACAGGAUCUUGGUACCUCUUGAGGGUCCUUUUCAAAAUUGGGUUAGGGGGUUAGGGUUACCCCUAACCCUAACCACCUCCGCCCUUUUUAUAUUAGAGUUCCCUUCCCGGAGUGCGUCUACAGUGUCGUAAGUGGCCAUCCCCAGGGGCGAGGCUGAAGGGUAACUUAACGUAAAUUUUUAAGAGUGACCCCGAGAAAUAAAAUUAGGUAAGUGUCGAAACUUAAUAGUUGUGUCAGCUCGGCCUCCAAAUUAAAGGUCUGCAACCUCCGUUAUACAUUGAACGAUAAGUGUAGCAAUCCCAAUGCACCAGCAAUGGUUGUCUCAAGAGAGUCAGCUUGACCAAGAAUGUCACUGGAUUUAUAAUCUGAAGGACCAUUGUUCAAAGCCUCCAUCCAGCCAUUUCACUUGUUCUCGGUAGCCCUGGGCUUAUCCCCUCUGCCCAACGUUGUAACUAGGCAAAUGGUUCUGACCUCCCACCAGUUAGGAAUUUUACCAAGUAAUGUUUCGCAAGUCAGUG